AUGAUAAUCCCUUCCAACAUCAUCUGGUUCGAUGACGAUGAUUGGCUGGGCUUAGAGCUCUCUUUCCCAGCGGGUACACGUUGGAAAAUCACGACAAAAAUCAGGGAGUGCGAGGACCUAUAUACUCAGAAGGAUCACGAAGAAGGCGGGAUUGUCUCUGAGGCUCGUGCGGCUUUUGUUGCGUCAAAAGUUGCCGGGCAAGCUCCUUCGACAGCAGUCCUUAAAAUCCACAUGCAGGUACCAUGGUGGGGAAGUGCCACUAGAAGGUCAUCCACCCGGGCUCAACAGGCAGUUGCAGAGCCCUCAGCAAGGGGCGAAAACGAAGUUGAAGCGCUACGUCUCCUAACAGAAGCAGGAUGCUCCAGCACCCCAGCUCUAAUUGAUUGGAUGAAUCGCGAACAAACUCAAGGUCAUUGGAUCCCUGGUGGAUACAUGCAUUUUAUUGCAAUGGAGAUGAUACCGGGUGUCGAUGUGUGCUCCGUUAUUGAUAAUAUGGAUAGAGGUGAGCGGGAUGAGCUGAGAGCAGCCUUCAAAAAAUCAUGGUUGUACGUCACCCACAAAGUUUCUCAGCGAAGCCUCAACCUAAUCCAGCCAUUGUCACAGGGAAUGCAUUUCUUGUGGAAUAACAAACCUCGACCGUGGAGCAAAGAAUCUUCGGUGGGAUGCGGCAAGGAAAAAGUGCUGUACCCGACACUCCGGGACAAGACUGACUUCAACGAUCUUCUAGUUAUAUAA